AUGCCUCCCGGCGGCGGCGGGCCCAUGAAAGACUGCGAGUACAGUCAGAUCAGCACCCACAGCUCCUCCCCCAUGGAGUCGCCCCACAAGAAGAAGAAAAUCGCGGCCCGGAGGAAAUGGGAGGUUUUCCCGGGAAGAAACAAGUUCUUCUGCAACGGGAGGAUCAUGAUGGCCCGGCAGACGGGCGUCUUCUACCUGACUCUCAUCCUCAUCCUGGUCACCAGCGGACUCUUCUUCGCCUUCGACUGCCCGUAUCUAGCAGUGAAAAUCACCCCCGCCAUCCCCGUGGUUGGUGGCAUCCUAUUCUUCUUUGUGAUGGGGACCUUGCUGCGCACCAGUUUCAGUGACCCCGGAGUCCUUCCGCGAGCCACGCCUGAUGAAGCUGCCGACCUGGAAAGGCAAAUAGAUAUUGCAAAUGGCACCAGUUCAGGGGGGUACCGCCCACCUCCCAGAACCAAAGAAGUCAUCAUCAAUGGCCAGACUGUGAAACUUAAAUAUUGUUUCACCUGCAAGAUUUUCCGGCCCCCUCGUGCCUCUCAUUGUAGCCUUUGCGAUAACUGCGUAGAACGGUUUGAUCACCACUGUCCCUGGGUAGGCAACUGUGUGGGGAAAAGAAACUACAGAUUUUUUUAUAUGUUUAUUUUAUCUCUGUCUUUCCUGACAGUCUUUAUAUUUGCAUUCGUUAUCACCCACGUCACUCUUCGUUCACAGCAAGCGGGAUUCCUAAACGCCCUCAAGGACAGUCCUGCAAGCGUGCUGGAAGCUGUGGUCUGCUUCUUCUCCGUCUGGUCCAUCGUGGGGCUCUCGGGUUUCCACACGUACCUGAUCAGCUCCAACCAGACCACGAAUGAAGACAUUAAAGGAUCUUGGUCGAAUAAAAGAGGUAAAGAAAAUUACAACCCCUACAGCUAUGGAAAUAUCUUUACAAAUUGCUGUGUUGCCCUGUGUGGGCCCAUCUCUCCAAGCCUCAUUGACAGAAGAGGGUACAUCCAGCCUGACACACCGCAGCCGGCCGCGCCCUCCAACGGGAUGGCAGCGUACGGGGCCACACAGUCCCAGAGCGACAUGUGCGACCAAGACCAGUGCAUUCAGAGCACCAAAUUCGUUUUGCAGGCCGCAGCCACGCCCCUGCUGCAGAGCGAGCCCAGCCUCACCAGUGACGAGCUGCACCUGCCCGGGAAGCCGGGCCUGGGCACGCCCUGUGCCAGCCUGACACUGGGGCAGCCCACGCCGCCCUCCUCUAUGCCCAACCUCGCCGCCGAGGCCACGCUCACAGACAUACUGCCCCUGAAAGAGGAGCAUGUGGGUCACCAGUUCCUGACCCCGGAGGAAGCCCCCUCGCCACCUGGGAUGCUGGUGGGCAGCCCACUGGCCCACAGCCGCACCGUGCAUGUCCUGGGCCUGGCCAGCCAGGACUCUCUGCACGAGGACUCCGUGCGUGGCCUGGUGAAGCUCAGCUCCGUGUGACCCGGGCCGGCCUGGGGGCUGCAGAGAGCAGGAGCAGCGGACGGGGCCCCCACUGGGACUCCCGGGAUGUCUCCAGCUCCCGGGGCACAGAGACCACUGGGAGAGAAAUCGGAUGCCCCUCUGAUGGCAGAGGUGGGCAGGACCCGAAGGCUGACAACUUGGUUUCCUUUGAACUUCCUUCCCCACCCUGACGCUUUGGUAGCCAUGAAAAUAGAGACGUAGCUAUUUUCAGGUGUUUGGAGUAUGAAGGGUGGGCUGGCGGGGGGGGGAGCCUCCAGGGCCGUGGGCCGAGUCCAGGAGGAAACGAGGCUGCCUGGAGGUUCCCCUUGCCGCUCCAGGACAGACACCCGGAAGGCUUGUGACACUUGUGGCCGGACCGAGAUUGCACUUAAGUGUUAUGCUACUAAUAAUUGAAAUAGACAUGCCAUUCCAUUUGUAAUUUAAAAAAGAAAAAAAAAACCCUCCAAGGAAAAAAACGACCAGAUGUGGACUUGCAUGCCGCGCUACAGGCUGUUCACAGGGGUGAUGGUGUUAUAGCGGAACGGCUGCUUGCUUUCUUUCUUUUUUAAUUUUGUGAAUUCUCAAGUGCUGUUUUCCUGGAAGACAGUGCAGCAAACCAAGACUAAUGGACAGUGCCAUCCCUCGCCAGCUUCUUCAGCUUCAUUCUCCGUGGGUAGGUGGCGCCGGAGCUGCGGAGGGCUGCUGGGCUCAUCCUACCGCACGUCAGUUAACCUUCUGCUUAGUAGUUAACGAGGUGUCCUGUUGUACCACACCCGCCGCAGUCUUCACCUCCUUGUGUGACCACAUUCCUGUGGGCAGCCAAUAAAAUGACGUCCUCUGUUA